CAAAAAGGGAGUUGACGUCGCCAGCCAGCCGUCCGCCAUGGACACGGACGACUUCCAAGCGGUGCUGGAGAGGAUGCUCCAGCUGCGCCUGGAUUGCCCGCCGGACGGCGACGGGGUCACCGCUCCUCCGUACGCCCCGGCGCAGCCCGCCGCCGCAGACGACGACCAUGCAAAAGUAAAACAAUCGGCGGCUGAAUGGACGGAGGUCCUGGUGGGCGAGAUGGCGAGCGCCGCUUCCAUGGACGACGCCCGGCGCCGCGCCGCAAAGAUCCUCGAGGCCUUCGGGGGCGCCGUCUGCACUCGCGCCGCGCGUGUCGUCGCCGAUAAGGACCGGGAGCUGGGAAACAUCCGGCGGCAGAACACCAUCCUGAAGAAGGCGGUGCUGCUCCAGCACCGGCAGCACUUGGAGGACGAGGCGGAGGGCAGGGAGCUCCAGGGCCAGGUCGCCCAGCACCGGGAGCAGGUCCGGCAGCUCGAGGCGGACAAGUAUGUGCUGUCCAUGCACCUCAGGAACGCGGGCGGCGGGGCGUCCAUGCCUGGGAACUUCAACCCGGAGGUUUUCUGAGCAACCAAAGGCGGACACUGGCCUACGGUCUACCCAAGCGAUUAUUGGCUGGUCGAUUUGCACAGCAUGAUGAUGUAUCAUUACCCUGUUCAAGUCUGAUCCUGUUUGUCUUCUAUCUAACAUUGAUAAUUCAUAGCUUAUUUUGAUUUA